CCGGAACAUCCUGGUGCGGAUGGUUCUUCUAAGAAAGGGGGGGAAGAAAAGGAAAGCCGGGGACCCGCCUUCUGAAGAUAUUCCCAAGAAGAAGAGGAUGAAGAAAAAAGAAACGGCUCCGCCCCGCUCAUCCUCGGUCUGCGAAGAGGAACUUCAGGCUCUAGUUCCUGAAGCUAUCCCUGAGGUUGGGACCUCGGAGGAUGAUGAGAACGAGACCAUCGCCCUCCGCCGACGGAGACGGGAGAGUAGAGUCACCGAGGAGGUAUCCCGUGGAGCCUUGGCCGGUGAUCUGCGUUCUACUGAGGUUCCGAGGGGAAUAUCGACUUCGGGAGGACAGCGGGACCGCUUGAGGAAUGAGUCCCCUGCUCAUGUCACGGAGGGAUCUGAGACCCGAGUAUCCGGUCGCCCUAAGGAAACCCCGGCAGAUGGGUUCAGAUUCGAGUUUAACCGUGAGCUUCCGCUGGCUUGCUACCCGGAAGAUUGUGCUCGCCUGUUACGGUUGGUCAAAGGCGGUCCCGAUCAACUCCCUUCGGUGGGAGAUCUCAUCUUCAAAGAUGAGUAUGAGCACGCCUCUUGCUCGUCUGUAAAGAGCCACGGCGACUGGAAUGUUCUGGUCGGGAAGUAUGACACAGCCCUCAGGCGGGCUAGAGAGCAGAUCCGUGAGAGCGAAGAAGCCAAGAAGAAAGCGGAGGAGGCUCUUCGGGUGUCUUCGCGGGAAAAGGCUGAAGCCAUUGCUCGGGAGAAAUCUCUCAGGAAAGCGUUUGACGAGACGCGAACAUCUGACGCGGCUGAACUGCAGAUGUGUAAGGAGGCGAUGAACAAUCUCGAGUUCGUGGUGGAUAAGCAGCGGAAGGAAAAGGCUGAUCUAGAGGCAAAAAUGGCUGCGGAAUUGCUAAGGCAUUCCGAGGAGAUGGACAGGCUUCGGAAAUCUCGUAAAUACGAGGUCACGCACGAGAGGGUUCGCGUGCUGAUUGCCAUGAUCGCUAAAGCCGAGAAACGCUUUCACAGGAUUUCCCUUCGUGAGGACAAAAGGGACAAAUACGACGAUGCUCGGUGUCUCUAUAGUCAAGCCUUCGGGACGAGGAAAUGUCUUGAGCAGAUCAAGGCCUCUGGUGUUGAGAUCCCGCAGGAAACCAUCGACUUCUUCAUCGGGCAAGAGAAGCACUACGAGGAAGAAGCAGAGCGUUUGGAGGUAAAGGAGAUUCCGGCGGAAGAUCUUUGCCUUUCUCCGCUAGUGUUGGAGUCUCGAUUUUUGAUCGAGGAAAUUUGGCGUCAGCUUGACCCGUUUGGGUCAAAUAUUAAUUUGAUCGAUUCGGAGGCCGCUAUUGCUCUGCGUACUCCUCUUCGUCCUGAAGAUCCGGUGGAGAAGCCCGCUCAAACUGCUGUAUCCUCCAACCAGCCCACCGACCAAGACAUUGACCCUGCGAAGCAGGCAUCAGCAGGAGCGGUUGUUUUGAAGGACGGAGCCGUGCCGACUAUCGUGCUAACGGAUUCCCCUGCUAAGGCAUCGAAGAAUGCCAGCUCAUCUGCUUCGUCGUCAGAGGACCCGGAGAAAGGUGAUGAUGCUCUUGCGGGGAUGCCUACUGCAGACGCGACUGCGCCAGCCCCAACCAAAUUUGGUCGUGUCUCGGGUCCCGGAGAAGGAGAUGGCCGCGGCAACGAGGAUCCUCCCGUGGUUGAUUGAUGUCUGUCGUCAUCUGUUGUAAAACUUUUCUAUUUCGGCUCCUUGAA